CGGAUAUACAGAGAUUAUACCUUUUCUGCAUAAACUAUUCGGAAGUAAAAAGAAGAGCGGACUUUGCAACGGCUAUUUCCCAAUCGAGCCGUGGGAUCUCCGCCGGUCCGCUGUUCCGCUCAGCCUCGUCGGUUAAGAGAAAACAGCGCUUCCCCUUCCCACCACAUCUUUUUUCUCGGUCUUUUUUCAAGAGAACCUUUAUUAAAACAAUAAUAUAUUUUUACCGGACUCUGUAUUCUUUUAUUGCUAGUAUGACAUCUCGAACCUACGAUGUCAUCGUCUUUGGGGCGACGGGAUACCUCGGCCCUCUCAUCAGCCGUUACUUGUCCGCCAAUGCGCCAGAUUCCUUGCGAUGGGCUGUAGCUGGCCGUGAUAGCGACAAACUACACAAUCUCUGUGAUUAUUUACAAGAAGAAUUUCCGCAGCGCAAGGCACCCGCCGUCCUGGUAGCCACACUUGAUCCCUGCGAUUUGGACAGGCUGGCAUCCAGUACGCGACUGGUCCUCAACCUGGUUGGCCCAUUUAGUAAAUAUGGAACACCUGUCAUCAAAGCGUGUAUCCGCAACUCUACAGCUUACGUCGACUCCACAGGCGAACACACAUGGAGUCAUGAAAUAGCGACCACGCUCCACGACGAGGCAGUCUCCCAUAAAGCCCCAAUUAUUCCUCACUGCGCUAUUGAAUGCGCUCCCCCAGAUAUCAUGACCCAUCUCCUCGUCAAAAAGGCUCGCGAGGCAAACCUCGUCCCCGCCGGGCCAGUCUACUUCUCCAUCGACCAUACCUGGCCAGGAUACAGCGGUGGCACCAUUGUAGCCAUUCUUGGUGUCCUUAGUAGCUAUUCGCUGUCACAGAUGAAUGCGUCGAGCGCACCUCUAGCGUCCUGUGUAUCAGACGCGGGACCGAAUACACCACCCAGCGUCGCUCUCCUACCAGUAAGAUACGACUCGUUCCUGGGUCCUUUGACCUUCAACCCGUCUGCCAUGGCGGAUCGGUCGGUGGUUAUGCGCACGUGGUCGCUGCUUCAGAGAUAUGGAAGCGUGGGAGAGAAGUACGGAGAACGCUUCAUGUUUCAAGGCUAUGCGCGGACUUCUAACCUUGUAAACGGUUGGCUGUCGUUUAUAGGGACCUCGCUCAUGACGCUAUUUGUUGUUUUUGUGCCACCACUGCAGCGCUUUCUGGCUUCGAUUGCACCAGCGCCUGGCACAGGGCCGCAUGUUGAUGAGACGGAUAAGCACUACGUAGAAUGGCGGGCCAUUUUGCAAGCCAGCUCACCGGACGAGUCGAAGCCUUCAGCCCGGAUCACGGGGGUUUUGAGAAUGGAAAAGGAUGUGUAUAGUUGCUGUGCGGUACUGGUUGGAGAAGCGGCCCUGUCUGUUCUUGAAGUACUAGAUCAUGGGGACAGUACAUCACUCGUGGGCAAGCUUCAGGGCGGUGUUUUGACGCCAGCAGCGAUAGGGGCGACAUAUAUCGACAGACUGCAAAGAGAAAAUUUGCAUGUUGUCAUUGACCUGAAAACACCUGGAGGGGGUAAACCUUAGAGAUACACAUUCGCUUUAAUAAGCUAGGUAUUUUUAGCGAGCAGAGAUACAGGAGAGCUGGAAACAUUCAACAGAAGCUCUAGGAAAUAUUUAUAAUGACUUGUUCGACAGGUUAAAAGCAGGACGAUUCAGUAUAAUAGAGGAAAAAAGAGACUCGAAGAAACAUUUUAAUAUUUAUUGUUCGGUUUAUCGC